CAACACCUUACUACAUAUCGUUCUAUCCUAUAGAAGAUGCGGACAGCUUCGCUCACAGAAGGUUGACUCUAUAUUAUAUAUCUCUAUAUGGUUUAAGGCAGUUUAAGGAGAAUCAGCAAUUCAGCAGAGUUCGGAGAGUCAUCGUUAAGAAUGGAAUAGAAGCGUAAUUAGACGCGAAAACUGAAACAUUGAGGCGUUGCAAGGUUUUAGGUUAUGUUAUCUCCGCGUCAGAUAUUGGGCGCGUUCAGCAAACAAAACAGAUUAAGUACGAGAAAAGAUGGCUCAAAGAUUCCCUGUGCCAAAUGCAGGAAGUAAUGGACCACCACCACAACGAUAUCCGUCACCAUCAGUACCACCAAAUUUGCGUCAGUAUUCUGGCCCAAAUUUCCCGAUGCAGCAAAGAUCUGGAUUCACUCCGCCACCGCAGAUGGGUAACGCCGGGCCUGGCCCCGGCGGAAUAAUGAGGCCGAACCAGCCUUACUCAAAUAUGCGUCAAGGCCCAAUGCCCACGCCGCCUGUUGGAAAAAGAAGUGCAGAUCAACGUAUUCCUAUGUCUCAGCAAAAACCGUAUCAUUUUUGGAACAGUGAUUUUUCACAUUCCACAUCAAAGAAAAAGAAGAAGUUGGCAGACAAAAUACUGCCACAGAAAGUGCGCGAUUUGGUACCGGAAUCGCAAGCUUACAUGGAUCUACUAGCAUUUGAGAGAAAGUUGGAUGCGACUAUAAUGCGGAAACGUCUCGAUAUUCAAGAAGCUCUAAAACGUCCGAUGAAGCAGAAGCGAAAAUUGCGUAUUUUCAUCUCGAAUACAUUUUAUCCAGCUAAGGAGGCAGGCGAGGGAGAAGAAGGAUCUGUGGCUUCUUGGGAGCUUAGAGUUGAAGGACGUCUUUUAGAUGACACUAAAAAUGAUCCUAAUAAGGUAAAACGAAAAUUCUCGUCUUUCUUCAAAAGUCUGGUAAUAGAGUUAGACAAAGAUCUGUAUGGUCCUGACAAUCAUUUGGUCGAAUGGCAUCGUACAUUAACUACACAGGAAACCGACGGAUUUCAAGUUAAAAGACCAGGCGAUAAGAACGUUCGCUGCACAAUUCUUCUUCUUCUCGAUUAUCAACCACUGCAGGUAAUCUGUCUUUACAUAAGUUCUUUAAAAGCGUUUUAUUACAAUUUAAUCUUAUUCAUGUUAAUUUUAAGUUUAUGAUUAAUAAUUAAAUAUGCGUUCCUGAAUUUUUAAAAUU